AUGAAGCCCGUGAAAUUAGAUGGUGCUAAUUAUCACUCGUCAGAACAAUUGGAUUUCCCUUUUCAGCUUUGUUAUCAAGAAAAUGAGAUCACUAUAGAAUAUACAUUGACAGCAUGUGUAUACAGCACAUCAUCAAGUGGACAGCAUUUCUACAGUGAAGUAAUUCGAAGCUUUAACAAUCAAAGUGGUGUCUACAAGUAUGAUGACUUAAAUGAGGGGACGGCUGUAUUAAUAUCCAAUGAUCCAACCACUCUAUCAGGAUACAAGCCACAGACUGUAUUAGUUGCUUAUAAAUUAAAUGAUUUUAAUAGAACUUUUAUGGAAAAAUUAAAUAAUCAUAAUAUAAACAUUCUUGAUGAAAAGAUUCAUUCAGGGAUAGACUUAAUUGAAUAUUUCACUGAUAAAAGCCAUCAGUAUUUUAACAAAGGUAAAAAUGAAGAGGAAGAGGAAGAGGAACCCGAAGUUGAUAAAAAAAAUAAAAAAUCCAGGACUAUUAAAGAUAACACUGCUGUAGUUUGUCGUAGUAGUAGAAUUAAAAAUACAAAAAAAUAA